AUGUCUACUCACCGCCUUCCAGAGUCUUCCGACUUCCCCUCAGGCCUCGCCUACACGCUUAAAACUCCUGCCAGAGCUGCGCAGAACAUCCUCAUCCUCUUCCACGGCCUCGGCGAUACCCAUGAGCCCUUUGCAGCUCUAGGCACGAACCUGAAUCUCCCCGAGACAGCAUGUCUUGCGAUCAAGGGCCCCACACCACUGCCUUUCGAUAUCAAUGGGUUCCAUUGGGGCGACGAUAUCAUCUUUGACCAGUCGACUGGCGGGCUCGACGGCGACAGUGGGUUUAAGAGAACAAGGAAGCUCCUGAGGGAGGUUGUGGACGAGUCACUGGUGAAGAAGUGUGGUUGGAAUCCCAGGAGCAUCUUCUUCCUUGGCUUUGGGCAAGGCGGGAUGGUGGCGGUUGAUAUUCCGGCGGGGAAUAAGAGCAUCGAGUAUGGUGGUGCGAUCUCGAUCGGAGGUGCGCUGCCGUCCGAUUUGGAGAAGCUCGAGGCUGGAGGACUCAAGAGUGCAACGCCGGUAUUGUUACUGGGUGCCGAGAAGAACUCGGCUAUCGAUAAAGCUGCAGAGGAGAAGAUGAAGGAGAGAUUUGACUUUGUAAAGGUUGUCAAGUGGGGCGGCAGGGAUGGUGAUGGGAUGAUGAAGAAUAGGGAAGAGGCAAGACCAAUCAUGGAGUUUUUCGCAAAGAGGUUGAGGAGUAAGCAGGGAGUUCCGGAGGGAGCUGUGGAGUUGUAG